GCGCUGCUGCCGCUAGUGAGUGAGAGGCUCAGUGUGUGACAGAGAGUGGGACCCUCAGCCCGUCUGUGACAGAGAGUGGGACCCUCAGCCCGUCUGUGACAGAGAGUGGGACCCUCAGUCCGUGUGUGACAGAGAGUGGGACCCUCAGCCCGUGAGUGACAGUAAGUGGGACCUGUGAGUGACCAUAACAGUGUGUGACAGUAAGUGAGGGGGAGGCUCAGUGAGUGACAGUGAGGGGGAGGCUCAGUGAGUGAAAGCUAGUGAAAUCUGUGAGUUAAAGUAUCCGUGCCCUGAACCUGCAGUCUAAAGAGGUCUCUGCACCCAGUGAGUUAUAGGGAGCUGCUGUGCUCAGUGUCUGGGAUCUGUUGCACAGAGGUGUUUGCUCCCAGAGAUCUGCUGCACCAGGAUCUAACUAAAUCUACAGAUACAUGUUACAGACCCUCACUCUGCUGAUACAUGUUACAGACCCUCACUGUGGGAGCUAGGAUAUGUUGUGCACCCUCACUCUGGGAGUUGAUACAUGCUGUGGACCCUCACUCUGGGAGUUGAUACAUGCUGUGGACCCUCACUCUGGGAGUUGAUACAUGCUCUGUGGACCCUCACUCUGGGAGUUGAUACAUGCUGUGGACCCUUAGUGUUCUGAUACAUUUUGAGGACCCUCACACUAGGAGCUGAUAUGUUGGACCAUCACUUGAGGACCUACUGAGGUUUCUGCGCACUCUGCCUAUUGUUUGUACACUAAGGAUCUGAUUACUUAAAGUUUACACUUGGCCUCAGUCUGUUGGAUUCUUGCUACUGUUAUUGGCCCUAAUUGUCAUUGCUCCUCUUAUUGCACGUUUCAGACACCGUUCUGUCUUGGGAUUUGAUAACACCAAGGACCUCAUUAACCCAGUUCUUAUGGAGAUAAGCCAUUAAUAUCUUCAUCUUAAUUUGCAGUCUAUCACUGCUUAUCAUCCUGGAUUUGCCUCCUGGGUCUAUGCGGAUUUAUAACAUGCCUCCUGUAUGGUGUUUGCUGCCAGUGUUGGCACUGGUGCACAUGCUACCCGGACUCUGCAACUGCUCAGAGCCUCCCUGCCCCCUUCCAUGCACUUGCACUGACAAUCUAGUGGACUGCAGCAAUUUGGGAUUGACUGACCUGCCUGACCUCCCAGCAUGGACAACCCAUCUAAACCUGAGCUUCAACAAGCUGACAGAGAUCAACCCUGACGUGUUUCAGGAGCUACACAAUCUACGGGAAGUGCAAGUGGGCUACAAUGCUUUAACUGCAAUUCCAUCUAUGGGAUCUUCUUCCUCCAAUAUUAUCUCACUGUCAAUGCAUCACAAUAAGAUCCGUACCAUUGAGCAAAGUCAGUUAAAAUCCUAUGUUGCGCUGGAAGCUUUGGACCUGAGCUCAAAUGAGAUUACUGAAAUACGCAAGGGAAGCUUCCCUCAAGACCUUCAAAUUAAAGAACUUCACCUGGGGAACAACAAAAUCAUUCAUUUGGAUCCUGGAUCAUUUGACAACUUGUCCCGGACUCUGCUUACUCUUCGCUUGAGCAAAAACCGAAUAUCCUACCUUCCUGUCAAAGCGUUCAAGUUGCCCAGACUGACUCAGCUGGAGCUGAAACAGAAUCGAAUCUUCAAGAUCGAAGGGCUAACGUUUCUAGGACUGGAGAGCCUGGAAGUUUUGAAACUGCAGCGUAAUAAAAUCAGCAAACUAACAGACGGUGCUUUCUGGGGCCUCUCAAAAAUGCAGAUCUUGCACCUGGAAAAUAACAGCCUUACGGAAGUGAAGAGUGGUGCUCUGUACGGGCUCCUGUCUCUUCAGCAGCUUCACUUAGGCAACAAUUCCAUUUCGAAGAUCAGCGCAGAGGGAUGGAGUUUCUGCCAAAAACUGCAAGAGCUAGUCCUUUCUUACAAUAGAAUCACCAGAUUGGAUGAAGGGAGCUUGGCAGAUCUGGGGACCCUGGACACACUGCGUCUCAGUCACAAUGCUAUCAAUUACAUUGCAGGGGGAGCUUUCAAAGGAGUGAAAAGCCUCCGAAUUUUGGAGCUGGACCAUAACGAGAUCUCAGGCACAAUAGAAGACACUAAUGGGGCUUUUAUCGGCCUGGACGCUCUAUCUAAGCUAUCUCUGUUUGGAAACAAGAUCAAAUCUGUGGCCAGUAAAGCGUUCUCAGGCUUAGGGACCCUGGAGCACCUGAAUCUUGGAGAAAAUGCAAUUCGUUCUGUGCAUCACGAGGCUUUCCUGGAACUGCGGAGCCUGAAGGAACUCCACCUCAAUAGUGACAACUUGUUGUGUGACUGUCAUCUCAAGUGGUUUCCGGAAUGGUUGUCCAGUAGGAAUUUGCAGUCGGAGGUGAAAGCCACAUGCAUAUAUCCAGAGUCUUUGAAAGGCCAGAAUAUGUUUAGCGUGCUGGCAGAAAGCUUUGUAUGCGAUGAUUUCCCUAAACCGCAAAUAAUUGCCCAGCCCAAUAACACAAUGGCGGUUGUUGGCAGCGAUAUCAGCUUCACCUGCUCAGCUGCCAGCAGCAGUAACACCCCUAUGGUCAUCGCAUGGAAAAAGGACAGUGAAUUGCUACAUAACGCUGAGGUGGAGAACUUUUCUAAUGUAAUAGAAAACGAAGGCGAAGUGACAGAGUACACUACAAUUCUGCACCUGCGUAGUGUGACAUUUACGCACGAGGGGCGGUACCAGUGCAUCAUCACCAACCAUUUUGGUUCCACUUACUCUGACAAAGCUGAACUUACUGUGAACGUUCUCCCAUCAUUUAUGAAAACCCCUCAAGAUAUCACGGUGCGGGUAGGCUACUUAGCAAAGCUGGAGUGCGCAGCAGAAGGGCAUCCUGUCCCGGAAAUUGCUUGGCAGAAGGAUGGCGGAACAGACUUUCCCGCAGCCAGAGAGCGGCGCAUGCACGUGAUGCCGGACGAUGACCUGUUCUUCAUUAUGAAUGUUAAGAUUGAAGAUAUGGGAAUAUACAGCUGUACUGCCCAGAACAGCGCUGGCUCGGUAUCUGCUAAUGCAACAGUAACCAUACUCGAGAUGCCGCAUUUAGUUCACCCACUGGAUGACCGUAUCGUAUCUGAAGGUGCCACAUUAGCUCUUCAGUGUAAAGCAAAUGGUAACCCUCCACCGCGGAUCACAUGGCUCAAAGGGGACAAAUCACUGGUAACGACAGACCGGCAUCAUUUCACUCCUGGGAACCAGCUUCUGAUCAUUAAAAAUGUGGUGCAGGAAGAUGCUGGCAAAUAUACCUGUGUAAUGUCCAACACGCUGGGCACAGAACGCGCCAGCAGUCACGUCAGCAUCUCUCAGACGGCCGGCUGUGGGCCCGAACAAGCAAGGGCAGAGGGCACCAUGACAUUUGGUAUCAUCACCAUUGCAGUGGUGUGUAGUAUCGUCCUCACCUCUUUAGUGUGGGUGUGUAUCAUCUACCAGACCAGGAAAAAGGCAGAGGAGUACAGUGUGACCAACACAGAUGAAACGGUUGUACCCCCGGACCUCCCCAGCUAUUUGUCAUCUCAAGGUAUUUCCUCCAGUGAUGGAACAGGGGCCACUAAUGUUGAAGCAUGUACUAUGGGCUACAGAAAGCCCAGGAUCUGCUUAGGAUGCAGCGGUAAUGAGGCUGGCAAACCAGCGGACACCUUGUUCAGUGCAGAGAACGGUGGCUAUGGCUUCCCAGUUAUGUGCACUAAUUGCUACAAUGGCCCUGUGUACCACGAGGACACAGACUACAGCCCACAAAUAUUAAAAUCAGAAGACUACACAUACCAGAGGCCACCACAUGACCAGCACGGGGACAACAGUGAGAAUUGUAGCUCCUCCACGUGCCAUCAGAGCCAUGGGCCUCUAGGCAGUGAUAAAAAGGAUUCUGUUGACUUUGCGUAUCCUAGCAACCAUGAAAGGAAGUCUCCAUUGGAUACACAAACAUCACAUGCACUGAAUUCAAAUACACAAGAUUCAAAUCUAGAGCCUUUACUAAACCCAAGUGAAUCUGAAGGACAUCAGACUCUCUCUGCAUCAGACUGUUUAACACAGCAAAUACUCAAUCCUCUCAAAGAGGAGAAAAUCAAACAGACAAUGCUUUCAAAUGGACAAUUGUCAGCAGCGAUAAACUUAUCUGCUUCAAGGAUCAAGUGAAUGAAAUCCUAUUGCUUUGUGCAAUUCUCUAAUAGACUAUUUCAUAAACUGAGGUCCGAAGCGAAGCCUCGUGCGCUAUGUGAGAGUCACAUACCUGGACGUUAAAUGAAUGUAGGUUUUGCAUCUGCAGCACAAAAAUGCAAGAAACUUUGUAAGUAAAGAAAAAUGUAUUUGAUACAUUGUACAUAAGAGAUUUCAUAAAUAUAUAUAUAUAAAAAUAUGUAAAUAUCUUAAGAAAUUAUAGAAUAUAAAUUUCUAUAUCUUUUACAGAGUCUAUUUUAAUCCAUAGUGCAUGUAUAAUACAUUUUACAGCUGUGAAUUUUAGGUGCCUUAUUGCAGAAAUAACACUACAUGGUAAUGGUCUCGGUGCUAUAGGAGUAUCGCAGGCAAUAAUGACAGUGUGCACUGUAUUAACAACUGGUUCUGUCACACCGAGCUUUGUAGCAAAGCCCAAAAAGGGCAAUUUUAUUUGUGCUAAAAUCUGGAAAUGGUUUCAGAAAUGAUCAUGUAACAUUAUUUAAAGCAAGAUGGAUUUUUAUUGAACAAUUAUCCAUGUUCUGGGUUUAUAAAUAAGGCAGAUGCUUUAUUAUCCAACUCAACUGUGGUAAAAACAUAUUCAUCAAACCAAAUGUCCCACAGGCACCAAACAAGAGGUUAUGUGUAAUGGCAGUAAAUCAGAGGUCUAGGUGAGUCUCUAUUAAUUACUAAUGGGGUUAGGCGUUUUUUGUUGGAAUCCAUAAACUAUAAAGAUGGAGAGAUUUGAUGUUAUUAGGAAAGUCUACCAAUAAAACAUUUAAGUCUGUAGACAUUAGACUAGUUUGGUGUCACAUUGUGCCGCAGUGUUUGCGUUACCUGUCACUUCUGCACAUAGAUACUAUAUGUGCGUCACCCUGCAACACUGUGUACUGAGGCAGCAUAGAAUGUUAGUGCAGAAAUAACUAUAGGAGACCGGGCACAGGAGAGUAUCCUGUAUGUAUGGGAGUUUGUACAAUAACAGUAAAUGCAGCAUCCCACCCCCUGCUGUGCAAGUCACACAAGAGUAUAUAUCUGCUGCUAUGGCGAUUGUCAUAUGAUGUUUAUGUGGAUGUGAGUUAGAUUUUUUUAAAUGAGAUUUAUAGUAAAGUUUCACUGAACCUGGGAGUGUAAUAAAGAGAAUUCUAUGGUAGCUCGUUGUGUGCACAGAUCGGCACCGCGCAGUAGCUCGUAGUGUGCACUGCACAGUAGCUCGUUGUGUGCGCAGACCGGGCACCGCGCAGUAGCUCGUUGUGAGCGCAGACCGGGCACUGCGCAGUAGCUCGUAGUGUGUAGUCCGGGCACCGCGCAGUAGCUCGUAGUGUGCAGACCGGCACCGUGCAGUAGCUCGUAGUGUGCAGACCGGCACCGCACAGUAGCUCAUUGUGUGUGCAGACCGGGCACCGCGCAGUAGCUCGCUGUGUGCAGACCGGGCACCGCGCAGUAGCUCGUUGUGUGCAGACCGGCACCGCGCAGUAGCUCGUUGUGUGCGCAGACCGGGCACCGCCCAGUAGCUCUUUGUGUGCGCAGACCGGGCACCGCGCAGUAGCUCAUUGUGUGCGCAGACCGGGCGCCGCACAGUAGCUCAUUGUGUGCGCAGACCGGGCACCGCGCAGUAGCUCGUAGUGUGUAGUCCGGGCACCGCGCAGUAGCUUGUAGUGUGCAGACCGGCACCGUGCAGUAGCUCAUAGUGUGCAGACCGGCACCGCACAGUAGCUCAUUGUGUGUGCAGACCGGGCACCGCGCAGUAGCUCGUUGUGUGCAGACCGGCACCGCGCAGUAGCUCGUUGUGUGCGCAGACCGGGCGCCGCCCAGUAGCUCUUUGUGUGCGCAGACCGUGCACCGCGCAGUAGCUCAUUGUGUGCGCAGACCGGGCGCUGCGCAGUAGCUCAUUGUGUGCGCAGACCGGGCACCGCGCAGUAGCUCAUUGUGUGCGCAGACCGGGCACCCGCGCAGUAGCUCGUAGUGUGUAGUCCGGGCACCGUGCAGUAGCUCGUAGUGUGCAGACCGGCACCGCACAGUAGCUCAUUGUGUGUGCAGACCGGGCACCGCGCAGUAGCUCGCUGUGUGCAGACCGGGCACCGCGCAGUAGCUCGUUGUGUGUGCAGAUCGGGCGCCGCGCAGUAGCUCGUUGUGUGUGCAGACCGGGCGCCGCGCAGUAGCUCGUUGUGUGCACAGACCGGGCACCGCACAGUAGCUCGUUGUGUGUGCAGAUCGGGUGCCGCGCAGUAGCUCGUUGUGUGUGCAGAUCGGACGCCGCGCAGUAGCUCGUUGAGUGUGCAGACGGUUUAACGCCAACCGUAUGGAUUAGUAAUAUUUUUCCUAGUGACAAAACUUGAAAUUUAUUCUUAAAAUGUAAUUUUAAUCAGAGCACAUAUUUUUUAUAUAUAUAGAAGCACUUUGUGAAGCCUGAUGCUUUCUAUAAGAUACCUAGUUAACCUAUGGGAGUUGCUUAAGACAGUGUUUCUACAGUGUUUAAAGGGACAUUUUACUGCAAAAUAUUUGUCACCCAAAUGAAAGAGCAGCAAAAGAAAAUAAGUAAAAGUGUUUUAGAUUAAAAUUUUCUUUCAUAAUUUAGAUAGAAUACAAUUUUAAACAACUUUCUAAUUUACUUCUAUUAUCCAAUUUGUUUCAUUCUCUUUGUAUCAUUUGUUGAAUGAGCAGCAAUGCACUAAUGGUUUCUAACUGAACACAUGGGUGAGCCAAUGACAAUCUGUAUAUAUAUGCAUCCACCAAUCAGCAGCCAGAAUCUAGGUUCUUUGCUGCUUCUGAGCUUGCCUAGAUAAAUAUUUCAGCAAAGGAUAACAAGAGAAGGAAGCAAAUUAAAUAAUAGCAGUAAUUUGGAAAGUUGUUUAAAAUUGCAUCAUCUGUCUGAAUCAUGAAAAAAAAUUUUGGGGUUUCAUGUCCCUUUAAAUCUAAUUUACCAGUAGCAGUUGUGCACUUCUUGUUGGUACCUGUCAGCCUUACGGGCAGCUGGUACCUGUCAGCCUUACGGGCAGCUGGUACCUGUCAGCCUUACGGGCAGCUGGUACCUGUCAGCCUUACGGGCAGCUGGUACCUGUCAGCCUUACGGGCAGCUGGUACCUGUCAGCCUUACCGGCAGCUGGUACCUGUCAGCCUUACAGGCAGCUAGUAGAAAGGAAACAUCAGUUACAAUAUUAGUUUUAAUAUAAAGAGUUUUUUAUUUUAUUAUAUAUAUAUAUAUUUUGUGUGUGGGGCGCAAUAGAAAUGUAAAGAGCACGCUCAUUUGAUAGUGAUGCAGCAUAGCUGUAAAAAGCUGACAGGAAAUAUCAUCUAAACAUCUCUAUGUAAAAAAAAGAAGAUAUUUACCACAAAAUGUCUUCAGCUCACCAGAGUAAGUGCUGUGUAAACAGUUAUUCUUCAGCUGCUGUCCAGCCACAAGGUGAAAAAAACAAAAUGUUGGCCAAUCGGCAGUGCUGAGGUAAUGCUUUGUUUUUACUGUGAUCCCAUAAGAUUUCAUAGACUUUACUUAAACUGAAUAGGAAAAUAACGACUGUGCUGCACAUGCCAGAUGCACACUCCUAGUAAGUCCUGGGACAAGCAUCCUGAUUGGCUGCUUAAAGUCUCUUUACAGUGGGGUGUGAAUACUCAGGAAGUUUUGAGGUAAAAUAUAUUUCUUUACAUAGAGAUGUUCAAGUGAUAUUUUCUAGUCAGCUUUUUACAGCUAUGCUGCAUCACACUUUCAAUGCUUUAACAUUUGGGUAUCAUGGCCCUUUAAGUAAAUGCUUCAAACUAAGCAACUAUUUGAAAUACUGAAUUAUUACAAUGAUCAGGUAUAAAAUUGGGAUCUGUGAUUGUUUCCGCACAUUUGUUAAAACAAAUUGGCCGCAUUAGUUCAUUCUAAACUGUGUAAAAAAAAAAAUACAUAUUUUUUCCAUCUAUCUAAUGUAACAUUCAAAUAUCAAUAUAGAAAUGUUGAUUUUCAUGGACUUCAGUGCAAGUGUCACAUCUGAAUCAAUAUAUGUUAAUAUCCAUUCUGCAGAAAUAUUCAAAUGGAAGAACAAAUGUCAAGGUGAACAUUUUAUAAUUAAAAUAUCAAAGUUCCAAUGUUUGUCCAUCCCCAAUGUAAUAAAUAUAUUAAACCACAUUAAUAGAAAAACUCACUGUGCCGAGGAAUUUAUAUUUUUAAUUUUACUGUAAACGUCUGAUUAGUAAAAUGUAAAUGUUAGUAUUUAUUGUGCUUACACAGCUGGUAAAUUGAAUUGUUUCAAGACCAUCCCAUAGUAGGAAGGAAAUCAAACAAAAAAAACUAAGACUUAUUCUAAAACUGUUAUAUUUGAAACCUCUUUAAGCUAUUGUUUUUGUACAACGUGCACAUUAAAGGGACAGUCUACACCAAAAUGUGUAUUGUUUUAAAAGAUAGAUAAUCACUUUAUUUCCCAUUCCCCAGUUUUGCACAGAAAACAGUUAUAUUAAUAUACUUUUUACUUCUGUGAUUAUCUUGUACCCAAGCCUCUGCAGAUUGCCCGCUUAUCUCGGUUCUUUUGUCAAACUUGUAUUUUAGCCAAUCAAUGCUGACUCCUAGGUAACUCCACGUGCGUGAGCACAAUGUUUAUAUGACACACGUGAACUAACACCCUCUAGUGGUGAAAAACUGUCAAAAUGCAUUCAGAAAAGAGGCAGAUUUCAAGGUCUAAGAAAUUAGCAUAUGAAUCUCCUAGGUUUAGCUUUCAACUAAGAAUACCAAGAGAACAAAACAAAAUUGGUGAUAGAAGUAUAUUGGAAAGUUGUUUAAAAUUCCUGCCCUAUCUGAAUCAUGAAAGUUUGUUUUGGACUAGACUGUCCCUUUAAAACCUGUCUGAAUGCAUUAGAUUUAGCACAAUUAAAUAUUACCACUAAUGAAAUGAUUUCUUGUAUUUUUCAAGGUAAACUACAUUUGCCACAUUAAAUAUAGAAAAGCAAGCGUUUAUUUUUCAAUGUUCUGACUUCCUUUAUCUAUAGGAAAAUGCUGCUUCUGAGAGGCAAUGUGAAAAGGAAGUGUUAGCUCUGUGUACAAAGUUAUUUAUUUAUAGAAAUUGUUACAUUAAAACUCCUGACCAUUAUUAAAGUUUCUAACAAA